AUGGACGCCCUCAUGAUGGCGACGCUAUCGCAACAACAACAAGACUACAACCUUAACUGGUGGAUUCGCUUCGAGCUAUGGAUACACGGGCAGGUGCAUCGCAACGCACCACCUCUCAACGAGGACACAGAAAGAAAGCGCCUUACCCAGGCCUGGACUCGCAUGGGCCCUGCCUUCCGCAAUGAAAUAGGUCCUGCUUUCAAUGCCUGGAACAACCAUUUCCAACGGAGCCGAGCAGUCCUAGAAAGCGGCAAGGCAAGACUAGCAGAGCCUCCACACCUCCAGAGCAGCAACACAGAUGGUUGGCGAUAUCCCGAAGACUUCACCGAUACAGCGGCCGCUAGAGUCCGGCUCAAUGACGUGUUGGCGAAGGGUGCGGAUCAGGCUGUUCUGGCGACUAGCGUUGGUUGGGUACAAGGUCGGAUCGAUCGUCAUCAGAAAACUACGACUGCCAGACGAGCACGGAUCGCGAGACAUCAGGAAGCUAUUAGGAGGAUGGUACGAACCACCCUACACUUCGACGAUACUUGGAUAGGUGGGUGGAGGCUGGGGAAGGGAGGAUGGGGUGGUGCGGACUUGUGGGUCAGGCAGAGUGGUACUGGUAUUGUUGCUGAUCGCAUCGUACUCAAGACUUCCCAGAGCCCAGACUACGACGAUCCCGACACAGGCGUUGUCAACUGGAUAGGUUCAGAGGGGGUGGUGCAUAUCCGCAGCUUUAAGCUCGUGCCGCUGGAACGCAGGAUGUUGCUUUAUCUUGAGUAUUGUCCGUAUGGCGACCUCAGCCAGUUCACGGGAUGGUAUGAUAAGCAGACCGAUGGGUUCGAUACGGACGAUGUUUGGGUAUGGCACGGUUUCCAUGAGCGAAGACCACAGCUCUGGGAAGAUGAUCGGAAGGAGAAGGGGUGGUUGCCCGAGCCGUUUUUGUGUCAUGUUCUUGAGAGUCCUGCCAAAACGGGAGUUAUGCUCGACAAAGAUGAACUUACGCCGUAUCCAAUCUCCAAGUUCGACGGUAUCCUCCAUGUAGACAUCAAGACACAGAAUAUCUUCCUCGGGAUUAACACUACGGGCACCUUCGUCGGAUAUUCGUACCCCAAGCUCGGCGACUUCGGCUUGUGUAUCAUGCCCUCCCGCCUCAGCAGGACGAUAGCCCAAGGGCCCCGGAAACAGAAAUUCAGGGGUUCACGCUUCCACAUGCCGCCGGAACAAAGCCGGAUGCAAUUCGACGACGGAGGUGAGCCGCGGAUGAUGGACAGCAAGACUAAUGUCUGGACCGUAGGCAACAUCCUAUGGUGCCUCAUCGAGUGGGAUGAAGGCGAUCAUAGGGUCGAUUGGGUCUAUGACUAUCCCCGGGGAUUUUAUGAUGAGGUGGAAGUUCGCGAGCCUACACUUCGUGCUGCGGCGGUGUCGCAUUAUAGUGCGGGGCUCAUUCAGACGAUAGAGUCGGCGCUGCGGUAUGAUCCGCUGGAUCGUCCCACGUUUGAGGAAUUGUUGCGGGAAGUGAGCGAGAGGAUGAGGUGUACGGGUGUGGUUAGGGCGGUGAGGGAUCUGGGAAAGGAGCAUGGAGGUUGGAGGAAUGGGCCGUACUCGCUAGAUAAAUCUAAGGGGCAGACGCGGGAUUUUGGUUUGGGGGUUGAUCUGGGUGGGAAGGAGUUACCGAGAAUUUUUGGUGAGGAUGAUGAGGAUGUCGUGGUGGCGCCGAGGAUACCGCCGCCGUCUGCAGCGAUUGGUACAGGGAUUCGUGGUGAUGACAAUGAGGAGGAGGGAUGGUUUGGCGGUACGCCAUCGAGCGGUAUUAGGCCUGCCACACAACCUCGACCGACUCCUUCGCCAUUAAGCUCUCACACAUCACCGGGAGGGGCUCCGCUACUACGAGCGUCGCCGCCAGCACGAGAAACUCCGCCCGGGCGAGGCUCUCCGUCAGCACAAGAGCCUCCACCAGCGCGAGGCUCUCCGCUAGCACGAGGUCCUUCGCCAGCGCGGGGUUCAUCGCUAGCGCGAGAGUCGCCCCCAGCACGAGAGUCUCCGCCAACACGAAGAGACGAGUGCAGAUGUCGAUGUCGGCGCAAAGAAUUCUGUAAACACAAGUGCUGCAAGCGUCACCUCGGUGCUUAUGACGGAGGGAACUCACAGCAGCUGAUAGAUGCUGCUCACGAUGGCAGGGAGGCGCAGAAGACGGCGCAGGCGCUGCAGAAGGAAGCGCAGAGGGAGGUGCAGAGGCAGGUGGACGACGAUAAUGAUGUUGGUGCUGGUUUACGGCAGGGUAGCAAGAGGAAGAGGAAGGGUAGUGGGGGGAAGGGUGAUCGAGAGGGUGGGGAAGAGAAGCGGAGAAGGAGAUGA